AUGUUCUACCUUUAUAGUGGUGCCGGUUUCAAAUUUUACCGUGUCCCACGCUCGGUUCCUGACUUCCGCCAACGUAGUAGCUGGGGCUCGGAUCAAGGAUUCGCUAAAAGGAUUCGCCCGCAGGAACAUAAGGGAAAAGACAUCCGUCGACAGAUAUUCGAAGCGUCCUCACCCUACAAAAGAGCUGGUCGCAAGUUCACACCAUACAACCUACCUCGUCAGUUUGAUAAGAAGUUAACUAAGCCCGUGUGUCCCCAACUGUCAGAGCCUAAGAUUCGAAUCUUGAAAGAUCACGAACUGAUCAAACAUCUGCGUUUUCCCUUGGAGAUUGGUCGGCUCCUAGGGAGAGAGCUAUCAUCUUGGUGUGAAUUCCACAAAACCCAUGGACAUGAUACUGAAAAUUGUUAUUCCCUGACCGGUCAGUUGGUUAGCCUAGCUCGCCGGGGGCUUAUGAGUAAAUACAUCAAAGACGACCAAUCCAAGGUAGAACCCACCCAAUCGUCACCUAACCCUAUACAAGAAUCUCACGAGAUUCCUAUCCUGGGGGACUUCAACACAAUAGCAGGGGGAUUCGCGGGAGGUGGAUCAACAAGGUCGGCCCGGAAGCGAUACGCUCGAAGUGCGAUCAUGGCCAUUACCUCGGGUCCGUCCUCACCGAUUGCCGACCUAAUUUUUACAAAAAAAGAUCUAGAGGAUGUGGUUCCUCAUGAAGACGACCCAGUGGUGUUGUCUGUAAUUUUGAUGGGCAGAAACGUACACAGGGUGUUGAUUGAUCAAGGAAGUUCCGCAGAUGUCAUGUUCUGGGAAGCAUUCAUCGGUUUACAGAUCCCUAGAGACCAACUUCUGCCCUUUGAUGGAGUCUUGGUAGGAUUCUCAGGAGAACAAGUAGAGGUUCGUGGUUAUGUAAAUUUGAGAACAACUUUUUCCGACGAGCACGCCGCGAGAACGAUAAUAAUAAAAUACAUCGUCGUUAACGCCCCAUCGUCCUACAACAUGCUGCUCGGACGGCCCUCUCUCAACAUGCUUGGUGCUGUGGUUUCCACCACCCACCUGAAGAUGAAAUUUCUAGCAGAGGGAAAGGUGGUGACUAUGAAAGUAGAUCAAGAGGUUGCGCGUAAAUGUUACGAACGAAGUUUACGCUCACGACGUGAUACUUAUAAUGUCUCUCAACUUCCUGCUCGGGCCGAUCUGCCAGGAGCGGAACUUGAUCCGCGACCGACUACAGAUCAAGGACCGAGACCCAUAGGCGAGCUCAAAGAGGUCGAGAUCCUCCCGGGAAGAAAGAUGAAAAUUGGCGCAGAUCUUGAUCCAACCACCGAGGCAGCCUUACACCACGUGCUACGUACGAACAUGAUGUCAUUCGCAUGGUCGGCCCGGGAUAUGCCCGGAAUCAACCCAGAUAUACUUUGUCACAGGUUGAAUAUAAAUCCCCAAAUAAAGCCGCGAAUUCAGAGACGACGCAGACUCAAUGACGAAAAAGCUCAGGCUGCAUCUGAAGAAAUAAGGAAACUAAGAGAGGUUGGGCAUAUCCGAGAAAUUCAAUACCCAGAUUGGCUCGCUAAUGUAGUGAUGGUGAAAAAGGCUAAUGGGAAAUGGAGAAUGUGUGUUGAUUUCACCGAUUUAAACUUGGCCUGUCCAAAGGAUUCUUAUCCGCUGCCCAAUAUCGACAUACUCGUAGACCGGGUCUCAGGAUGCGGAUUGUUAAGUUUUAUGGACGCAUAUUCGGGCUAUAAUCAGAUCCGAAUGCAUCCUUCCGAUGAGGACAAGACCGCAUUCAUGGGCAUCAAGGCGAACUUCUGUUACAAAGUAAUGCCUUUCGGCCUUAAAAAUGCAGGAGCAACAUAUCAGAGGAUGAUGGAUAAGAUUCUUCAACCUAUGUUAGGUAGGAAUGUCGAGGCAUAUGUCGAUGAUAUGGUGGUGACUUCUGCCGGGAUUGAGACCCAUGCCCUCGAUUUGCAAGAGCUUUUUGAUACGAUCAACAAAUAUCAGUUGAAGUUAAAUCCUGAAAAAUGCGUAUUCGGAGUCAGAGCCGGAAAAUUUUUGGGAUUUAUGAUAACUGAACGAGGUAUAGAAGCAAACCCAGACAAAUGUCAAGCCAUCAUCAACAUGAGGAGCCCAAGUAGUAUGAAGGAGGUCCAACAGCUGACAGGCCGGAUGGCGGCACUCUCCAGAUUCCUUGCAAGAAGUGGUGACAAAGGACACCCAUAUUUUCAAUGUUUAAAGAAGAAUGAGAAAUUCCAGUGGACCUCAGAGUGUGAAGAAUCUUUCCUUCAGUUGAAAAAGUAUUUAAGUCAACCCCCAGUGCUCUGUAAGCCAGAGAAAGGACAUCCUCUGCAAUUAUACAUCACCGUAACCGAGUACGCCAUCAGCUCGGUUUUGGUUCAAGAAAAAGAGGGAAAACAGCAUCCAAUAUAUUUUGUCAGCAAAUUAUUACACGGAGCAGAAAGAGGGUACCCAACCCUUGAAAAAGCCGCUUUGGCAGUCGUCAUCUCAGCCAGGAAACUCAGACCCUAUUUUCAAAGUUUCAGCGUUCAAGUAAGAACCGACUUACCAGUGAAACAAAUACUCAAGCGACCAGACAUGACAGGGCGACUUGUUAAGUGGGCAAUCGAAUUGGCGGAAUAUGAUGUAUCCUAUGAACCCCGAGGACCUAUUCAAGCACAGGCUUUAUCCGACUUCAUCGCCGAGCUCACCUUACCAGUCUCAAGUACAUCCGACCUCACUAGACAGAAUAACGAGGCAUCUGAGUGGAUACUAUCUGUUGACGGCGCAUCUAAUCAGCAAGGCAGUGGGGCAGGCGUGGUACUAGAGGGUCCAGGUGGGAUCCUCAUAGAACAAUCUCUAAAAUUUUCUUUCAAAGCUAGCAACAACCAGGCUGAAUAUGAGGCUUUGAUCGCUGGUAUGUUAUUAGCAAAGGAAAUAGGAGCAACUCAACUGGCGGCUCGGAGCGACUCUUUGUUGGUUACAGGCCAAGUCAAUGGCGAAUUCACUGCUAAAGAUCCCCAGCUAGCCAAGUAUUUAGAUUACGUAAAAUCGUUGGCUGCCGCUUUCCAUACCUUCAGAUUAACUCAUGUCCCGCGAGAAGAAAACAGUCGGGCCGAUCUCCUAUCCAAGCUGGCCAGCUAUACCAAACCAGGUCAACAAAGGUCAGUGAUAAAAGAAACCCUAACGACCCCUAGGGUUAAUUCGUCUAGUGGCUUCGAAGUAAUGACAUUGGGCAGUGUUUCCCCUUCACAAUCUUGGAUGACUCCCAUCAAAGCCUUCUUAGCUGAUGGAAUUUUGCCAACAGAUGCUGUUGAGGCACAACGUCUCAAGAAAUGUUCAGCACGGUUUACCUUAAUAGAUGGACAUCUAUUUCGUUUUGGAUUUUCGAGGCCUUUAUUGACCUGUAUUGAGGAAAAAGAGUCUGAAAGAAUCAUGUCCGAGCUGCAUGAAGGAAUCAGUGGAAAUCAUAUUGGAGGUCGGACUUUGUUAUUAAGGGUUCUAAGAGCAGGGUAUUUUUGGCCCACAAUGAAGAAAGAUUGCCUAGAACAUGCCAAACGAUGCGACCAAUGCCAAAGACACGGAAAUCUCUAUCGUGCUCCUCCUGAAGGAUUACACUCUAUACAUCCACCUUGGCCUUUUCAUACCUGGGGAAUAGAUAUUUUGGGUCCCUUCCCAACGGCUAUUCGACAAUUGAAAUACCUUAUCGUGGCAGUGGAGUACCUAACGAAGUGGAUCGAAGCAGAGCCAGUCGCUUCCAUCACCGCAUCAAAAGUCGAAAAAUUCUUAUGGAAGAACAUAAUCUGUCGGUUCGGCGUUCCUUGCAGACUCAUAUCUGACAAUGGCACCCAGUUCACCAGCACGCAAACAAAUGGCCAGGCAGAGGCAGCAAACAAGGUCAUCUUAAAAGCACUUAAAUGUAGAGUGCUCGCUUCCAAAACUUCAUGGCCGGAUGAGAUUCCGAGAGUCUUGUGGGCGUAUCACACUACACCUCAGUCAACCACCCAUGAAACUCCCUUUAAUUUGGUUUACGGAACGGAUGCUCUGCUACCCGUUGAAAUCAACAAUCCUACCAAUAGUAGAGCCAAAAUGACCUGGGAGGAAAACAGCGUAGGAAUCCGAGUCAACCUGGAUGUCCUAGACGAAAUGCGGGAAUUAGCGCGAAUCACCGGGGAGGCCACAAAGCGGAGAGUUGAACGAAGGUAUCAAACUAAGGUCGUUCCACGCGACUUCAAGGUCGGAGAUUUGGUGUUGAGAAGGGCACAUCUGACUGAGAUGGAGAACAAACUGUCACCCAAAUGGGUCGGUCCUUUUCGGAUUAAGGAAGUGCUUCCUGGAGGGGCAUACAGAAUGGAAACUUUAGACAGAACCUCCAUACCCAGGACAUGGAAUGCCGCAAAUCUGCGUUUCUAUUUUAGUUAA